AUGGCGGACCCGAACUACUAUCAAUCCCCCGCCCAGGGCCUCGCUCCUGGUGAGGACCCCUCCAACCCGAACCGAUUUCCUCCUCAGCCUCCUUAUGCCGGCCAGCACGCCGCUGGAUUUCCUCCUGGCCCCUCUCCUCCCCAACCCGGGGCUUUCUACGGAGCCGCUGCUCCCAACAGUCAACAAUGGCCCGCCGCCGCAUAUGGCUCUCCUCCGCCUGUACCUCACCAGCCUCUACAGCCUGCGCAGCAACCGGCUUAUGGUAAUAUACAAGCUCCUAUGGGCCAACCGUCCGAUCCGGCGAUGGCAGGUCUAGCAUCUCAAAUGAGUGGAUUGGGGAUAAUGGGGGGAGAAGGAGGAGCCAGGUCCUCGAAAAAGAAGCACCGACACGCAUACCACGACAUUGGAUCUGCGCCUGCUCCUGCGCAGCAGUUUCCAACAGGUUCCGCUGACGCUCUACAACCGCCGUCUUCCCAAUUCUUGAACACCGGGCUGAACCAAGCGCCACGCUCUGUCUCUCCCGCUUUGAGUGCUUCUGGGAUGAUCCCGCAGCCAGCGGUCCCCGGAGCUGCACCCAUGGCAGCCCACGGCACAGUCCCUACACAAGGUGGAAUAAACCCUGAGCAGAUACCCAGUAUCCCACGUUCGCGUGAUGGGCCAGCACAGCACUAUUUCAGCCACGUCUAUCCUACAAUGGAACGCCAUCUUCCUCCUCCCGCGGCCGUUCCGUUUGUGGCCCACGACCAGGGUAACUCGUCUCCGAAAUAUGCUCGCCUGAGUUUGAACAAUAUCCCCUCCGCCUCCGACUUCCUCACCUCCACCGGUCUACCACUAGGAAUGAUACUCCAGCCCUUCGCCCGCCUGGACGCCGGGGAACAGCCUAUUCCCGUACUUGAUUUCGGGGAUGCAGGGCCACCGCGUUGUCGCCGCUGCCGAACGUACAUCAAUCCCUUCAUGUCAUUCCGAUCUGGUGGGAACAAGUUUGUCUGUAACAUGUGCACAUUUCCCAACGACGUUCCUCCUGAGUACUUUGCCCCAGUUGAUGUUUCCGGGUCGCGUAUAGACCGCAUGCAGCGCCCGGAGCUCAUGAUGGGAACCGUCGAAUUCCUUGUCCCUAAGGAUUAUUGGAAUAAGGAGCCUGUUGGACUUAGAUGGUUGUUCUUGAUUGAUGCCAGCCAGGAAUCAGUCAACAAGGGAUUCUUGAAGGGCGUAUGCAAGGGUAUUCUAAAGGCCCUCUACGAAGAGGAGCCGUCAGAAAAUCCCGAGGGUACCGAACCCGCACGGCGGAUACCCGAAGGGUCAAAGGUCGGAAUUGUUACUUACAAUAGAGAAGUGCAAUUCUAUAACCUCAGUCCGGAGCUUCAGCAAGCGCAGAUGAUGGUGAUGACCGAUCUACAAGAACCGUUUGUACCGCUGAGCGACGGGUUAUUCGUUGACCCAUACGAGUCAAAGGAUGUGAUCACCUCUCUACUCAACCAAAUUCCGACCAUUUUCUCUCGCGUCAAGACACCGGAGACGGCACUGCUUCCCGCUGUCAAUGCUGCAUUGUCCGCGCUACAUGCUACGGGCGGCAAAAUCAUCGGUUCAAUCUGCUCGCUGCCAACCUUUGGCCCUGGCGCAUUGACACUGCGGGACGACCCGAAAGCUCAUGGGACGGAUGCGGAGAAGAAACUAUUCACGGCCGAAAAUACCGCGUGGCGAGAAACCGCUGGCAAGCUUGCAGAGGCAGGUGUUGGUGUUGAUAUGUUUAUAGCGGCACCCAGCGGAACGUACCUGGAUGUGGCUACCAUUGGCCAUAUUCCUGAGGUCACCGGUGGUGAAACCUUCUUCUACCCCAACUUCCACGCGCCGCGGGAUAUCCGAAAACUUUCCGAGGAGAUUGCGCAUGCAGUUACCAGAGAGACAGGAUAUCAAGCCCUGAUGAAGGUCCGUUGCUCUAACGGGUUGCAAGUAUCAUCAUACCACGGUAAUUUUGUACAGCAUACAUUCGGCGCCGAUCUUGAGAUCGGUUCAAUCGACGCAGACAAAGCGAUUGCUGUUCUUUUCAGCUACGACGGCAAGCUCGAUACGAAACUCGACGCUCACUUCCAAGCCGCACUACUAUAUACAUCGGCUAACGGGCAGCGUCGUGUUCGUUGUAUCAACAUAGUUGCCGCCGUCAAUGAGGGAGGGAUGGAUACAAUGAGGUAUAUCGAUCAAGACGCCGUUGUUAGCAUAAUUGCCAAAGAGGCGGCUGGUAAAACCGUGGACAAGUCUCUCAAGGACAUUAGGGCCAGUAUCACAGAGAAGACCGUGGAUAUCUUCAGCGGGUACCGCAAGAUUUUCUCAGGGUCACAUCCUCCUGGACAGCUCGUUCUGCCAGAGAACCUGAAGGAAUUCUCCAUGUUUAUGCUCAGCUUGAUCAAAUCCAGGGCCUUCAAAGGCGGCCAAGAGGCAUCAGAUCGGCGGAUUCACGACAUGCGAAUGCUACGGUCAAUAGGCUGCACCGAACUAUCACUUUACUUGUACCCUCGUAUUCUCCCUAUUCACAACAUGCAGCCAGAGGACGGUUUCCCGAAUGAGCAAGGCCAACUACAAGUACCGCCUUCACUUCGGGCGAGUUACUCCAAGAUUGAAGAAGGAGGAGUUUACCUAGUAGAUGACGGUCAGCAAUGCCUUCUAUGGCUUCACGCGCAAGUAUCGCCCAACCUGUUGGAGGAUCUCUUCGGCGAGGGGCACACAUCCUUACAAGGAAUCAACCCGCAGACCUCGGCUCUGCCUGUAUUGGAGACGCAUCUGAAUGCGCAGGUGCGCAAUCUGCUGCAGUACUUCGCCACAACCCGAGGAUCCAAGGCAGUGACCAUCCAGCUAGCCCGUCAAGGACUCGACGGUGCGGAGUAUGAGUUUGCACGGUUACUGCUGGAGGACCGCAACAAUGAAGCUCAGAGCUACGUUGACUGGCUGGUCCACAUCCACCGGCAGAUUAACAUGGAGCUUGCGGGCCGUCGCAAACGCGAGGACGCCUCCAACGAGUCGUCAAUAGCAGGUCUGACUGGCUUACGGGCACCCUAUUGGUAA